AUGCGACAACUGGAUCAACUGUCUGCUUUUGCUUUACAAUUUCUCUCGUCAUUUCAAGCUAGCUCACCUCCUGAAGUCCAGUGUUCUGGUUCUACAUUCGUCGGCAAGGACAUUCAUUUUCACGGAACUCAUCAAGAGUUCUUUGGGGGUAUACCAUACGCAGAGCCACCGGUAGGUCUCCUGCGCCUGAAGGCUCCGGUUGCGAAGACCGGUAUCCAGGCAGAAAAUGGCGUCUUUGACGCAAGUGAAUAUGGAUACUCAUGUAUACAGCCUGGCAUCGCAGAAGAUAUAGUGUCUGAAGACUGCCUGACUGUCAACAUUCUUCGUCCGGCCAUCCUCCCCGAGAAUGUUUCGCUGCCUGUGUUGUUCUGGACGUAUGGUGGUGGCUUCAGCACAGGAGCAUCGUCCUUCUACAACGGCAGUGCUAUUGUCGCCAGAAGUAUCAACAGAGGAACGCCUACCAUUUAUGUGAGCUUUAACUACCGCCUCGGACCUCUAGGGUUUCCGCAAGGUAGCGAAGCUGCUUCAAGAAGGUAUCUGAAUCUUGGACUCAGAGAUCAGAUGAUAGCGCUUAGAUGGGUCAAAGAAAAUAUCGCAGCUUUUGGUGGGGACAGUGAAAAGGUAACCAUCUUUGGACAGAGCGCGGGGGGGAUUAUGACAUCUAUACUUCUUUUACAACCACAAAUAUCGAACUUAGCAGCGGCUGCGAUCAUUCAAUCAGGAGCGGGAGCAGCUCUUCCCUUCUUCACCCCAGAGCGCAACGAAAAAGCCUGGAAUACCUUCGUCUCUUUUGUUCCUGGGUGUAGCUCCUGGGUCGGAACCUCGUUCUCAAUGACUUGCCUACGAAAGGCCAAUACGUCAGCCAUUCUGGAAGGCUUUCGUGAAGUAUACAAGGAUCCUAGAGCAAGAGAGGAGUUCUGGUUUUCUCCGAACGUCGACGGCGAACGGGGACUGGUGCCCGAUCUCCCCAGCAGACUUAUCAGCAAUAUUCAGCUUCCUUUCAUUGCUGGUGCUAAUCUAGAUGAAGGCAGGUGCUAUGUGUCCCAUAACAUGAGUUCACGAACAAUAAGUCAAAUUUUAGGGACCGAAUUCGUUCCGUCCCCUCGUGACAUUUCCGAGAAUAGGAUCAGGAAUAUUAUCAGUGAAACUUAUGGGCCCCCUACGAUACCGUCUGCCAUUAUCAAUGACCUGAUGAUGCUAUAUCCUGACAAUCCUUUUCUGGGAUCACCGUAUGGGACCGGGAAGGAGACGUUCGGAUUCUCAUCCGAUUACAAAAGGAUGGCUGCCAUGAAUGGCGACUUGAUGUUUCAUAGUCAGCGGCGCAUGAUCAUGCAGCACGCGGCGAACAACACCGUUAAAACAUUCGGGUAUCUCUUUUCAUGCCGUUUGCCCAUCUUUCCACCUCACUCUGGAGUGCCGCAUGCUGCAGAACUACCUUUCAUAUUUGGGGGACUGGGAAUUUGGGAGGAUCACAUGAGCGAUGCAUCGGCCGCUGAUUGGACGCUGAGUGAAACCAUGCUUGACUACUGGAUCUCAUUUGCGACGUCUUUGGACCCCAACGAUGGACUGGGUCAUGCUCGUCCAAUCUGGCCGUUGUAUACUCCGACUAGCGAGGUCUUAUUGCAGCUCGAGUGCGACAACACGACAGUUGUCACAGAUGAUUAUCGAUGGGAGCAAAUCAGAUAUAUCAAUUUCGAGGCUGAUGUAUUCCAUCACUGA